GCACAUGUGCCAGCAAUUUUAGCCGCUGGUUUCCGGUUCUCUCUCAGCCUCCUUCUCAGCUUCCUCCCUCAAAUUGACCUUCCUGGCUCUGCAUAUGUGCAUGUGUCUCGCUUUGUUCAGUCACAGGAGUGCAGAAAGUUUGAGGCUUUGAGUUUAUUGAAUACUUUAUCUUCUGGGUUUUGCUUCGACAAGGUCUUUUGUUUCGACUGAGGAUUAGUAAAGCCGCCGUCUUCUUUUGACUUUGUUCUGCUAUGGAUUAUUCGUCGUUGGUUAACACUUCCUUGGACCUCAACCUUAAUCCUAAUUCAGGAGUCAAUGAAGAGAUUCCUAAAAAGGAGGUGGAAAGCAACUUUUUUGCAUUAGAAUUGAAGUCGUUUCCUUCAAGACAAGAGGCGAAUGGUGAUCUGGAGGAGGAAUUGAAGAGGGUGAGUGCAGAAAACAAGAAGCUGACUGACAUGCUCACAGAGAUGUGUGAUAAUUACAAUACUUUGAGGAACCAUUUCUCUGAAUAUAUGAGAAAGAACAGUAAUUCAGAAAAGGAGAUGAGCCCACCAAAGAAGAGGAAAUCUGAAAGCAGCAAUAACAAUGGCAAUCCAACUGGGGCUGAUGGAAACAAUAACUCAGAGAGCAGCUCAACUGAUGAAGAAUCAAGCAAGAAACCAAGACAAGAGAUCAUCAAAGCAAAAAUCUCUAAACUUUAUUUCAGAACACCAGCAUCUGACACAUCCCUUAUUGUGAAAGAUGGAUAUCAGUGGAGGAAAUAUGGGCAAAAGGUGACCAGAGACAACCCUUGCCCAAGAGCGUAUUUCAAAUGCUCUUUUGCUCCCUCUUGCCCUGUCAAAAAGAAGGUUCAAAGAAGUGUGGAUGAUCAGUCCACUGUGGUGGCAACUUAUGAAGGAGAGCAUAAUCAUCCACAGCCUUCUCAAAUGGAGGCAACAGGAUCAGGUUCAAGCCGAGGCCUAACAUCAUCUUCUCUGCGGCCUUCUCCUCCAAAAGUUACAGUUGACAUGGCAAGGUCUAAGUCCUUCAAUGAAUCCACACACUCACUGCCAAAGCUUGAUUCGUCUGAAGUCCCUCAGGUUUUGGUGGAACAGAUGGCUACCUCGUUAACCAAGGAUCCCAAUUUCAGAUCAGCACUUUUAGCAGCCAUUUCAGGAAGAGUGUCGCACAAGAAUUAGACAGAGAAUUUGAGUGUAGUUAGCUUGUAGGCUGUUAUCAAGAAAUCCAAGAUUGGAUUAGUUUUUAUUUCAAGCAUGGGAUCUGCGUGUAAAUAUAGCAGAGAAAAUUGGGAGAUACGCCUCAAAUGUGAUUCUUUUUACUCAGGAUAGCGAGUUGGCAGAGAUUAAACAUGAGCUAAAGGAGCUCAGUUCAGCCAUUUCUGAUCUUCUGAAUCCGAGGAGAAAUCAAACAGAGAUGCCCAAUUUAAAUGCCACCAAAAAUUAUCCAAAAAUGAAAGGAACUUGUCUUUUUCAUGGCAUGUGAGUCCGAUCCUGUUACUGUGUAAUUCUUCGAUGAUCAAUUAGUCACUUUCUCUUCA